AUGCUUUGCGGUUGUCUAUCACCCCGAGCACCACCAUCAUUUGAAACUGAAAAGAUGUUGGGUAGUUCAAACAGAACUAAUGAACCACAAUCCUUUCUAAACAAAACUGACAAAAGUUCUCCUGCAGAUUUGGUAGAUUUAGAAGAUAUAGUUAUAAGUUGGGCCAAGUUCAUAUUCAACGCUACAAAGUCACGCACAGAUGCAAAAAUCAAAAGCAAAUACCUCUGCUAUAAUAUCAAUUGGACAAAGUUGAUGCAAGAAUCGAAAGAACCACAGUACAACGAGAAAGGUCCACAGGUUACUGAAGGACCGAAGUCUGAGACAGUCUUGUUCAAAACUACAUUCUCUAAUACAACUCAGAGAGAACAGGAGUAUUCGUUCAAAACAGAAAGAUGUACAAGAAGUGCUUCAACUGUCAUAAUCGAGAAAGGCGUUUGUCGCGGAGCGGAAGUGAAUUUGAAAUUGCAAACUCCUUGUGAAAUUGUAGAAGCAAAUGCUGGAUUCCAUCAUGAAAUCAUGCUGAAUCACAUAGGAGAAAACACGCAAGAAGAGGAGUUGACGUGGGGAGUGGAUUCUUCUGUAAAAGUUCCGGGGAACACAGAAACUGUAGCGGAGCUCGUAAUAAUGGAAGAAGAACAUAAAAAGAGUUUCACGAUUGAAAACCGUUUGAGUGGAAAAGUAGUUGUAACAGUUACGAAUUUGAAAGAGAAUAACAGUUUGGUGACGGUCUUAGAAGGAAACAUAGCCGAUAUUCUACGACGUUUACCAGAUUAUUCAGCCAAAGGCUUUUCAUUUGAAGGCAACGUCGCCAAGUUCGAAACCAAAGGAGUUUGCAUCUUCCGUUAUGGCAUCGAGCAGAAAGUCAGGAUCAACGAAACUCCUCUAUAA